AUGUCGACAAACGAGCCUUCACCUGCUGUGGCAGUGGAAAUGCCGCCCCUUGAUGUAAAAAAAGCUGAGGACCGCUUGGCACAUUAUCAUCCGGAGCAUCACCAUUUUUACGAGGCGAAGUCGCAUUUGGGCAAGCGCAUCUUCACUAUUGUGAUUGCUGGCACGGGUUUUCUGGCCGACUCCUACGACCUCUUCGUUAUCAAUAUCGCCUUGCUAAUGAUGAAACAAAACAAGAACUAUGGAGUCCUUACCCCAGACCUCCAGUCUCUAGUCUCGCUGAUGGCUAUUGUUGGCGCUUUAUGCGGCCAACUCUUCUUCGGCAUCCUUGGUGAUCAAUUCGGCCGGAAAACCACAUUCAUCACCACUGCAGUAUUGACAAUUGUCGGCACAAUUCUUCAAGCCUGUGCGCAGCCCACGCAAUUUUUGGGCAUGAAUAUCUGGCAGCAGCUCAUGCUUUUCCGUUUUAUCAUGGGCAUGGGGGUGGGCGGGGAGUACCCCAUGGCCUCCACCAUCACCGCCGAGUCCUCAGCCCCGGGCGAGCGUGGACGUAACUUAGCGGCAGUCUUCUCUAUGCAAGGUGUCGGGCGAGUUCUGUGUGCGCUUAUGCUCCUGGUCGCAGCUUUUACGAUCGAAGACACGAACUGGCAAUGGCGCUUUGCAAUUUUAAUGGGGGCGGUGCCCAUGAUGGCCGCGGUUUGCUUCCGUUGGCUUCCUGAGACCGAGGCCUUCGAGAAAGAGGUCAAGCUUAAACAGCCUGCAUUAGGACAGCGAUUCCGAAAUAUUUGGGUCGUCGUAUGGGCCAACCGGGUCAAACUGUUGGGUACGGCGGGCUCCUGGUUCAUCCUGGACGUGUUGUUCUACGGCAACUCCUUGUUCUCGGCGGACGUGACGCGGGCCAUGGGCACAGAAAACACCCUGGAGGGAAAGACGGUUCAGAACUUAAUCAUCCAACUCAUGGCCAUGCCGGGGUACAUCUUGGCGGUCAUAUUCUUGGACCGCAUCGGGAGGAAACGCCUGCAGCUGAUCGGAUUCGGUGGCGAGGCAAUCAUCUUUGCAGCCAUGGCGAUUUUUCAACAGCAGUUUAAGGGACUCCCAGCCCUCUUUGUCUUCAUGUACGCCCUCACCUUCUUCUUCGAUGAUUUUGGCCCCAACACCACCACUUUCGUCAUUCCCGCCGAGAUUUUUCCCACUGAGGCCCGUGCCACCUGCCACGGUAUCUCAGCUGCUUUUGGGAAGGCAGGCGCAGCGAUUGGCGCGGCGGCUUUCCUUAAGGUGGCCAAUAUGUUCUG